UUAAAUUCAGGGUCCUGCUCACAUGGGAAAUGCUCUCUGAGAGUCACGGACAUCCUGUGCAAGAACAUGAAGCACCUGUGGUUCUUCCUCCUCCUGGUGGCAGCUCCCAGAUGGGUCCUGUCCCAGCUGCAGCUGCAGGAGUCGGGCCCAGGACUGGUGAGGCCUUCGGAGACCCUGUCCCUCAUCUGCACUGUCUCUGGUGGCUCCAUCAGCGAUAGUUACUACUGGAACUGGAUCCGCCAACCCCCAGGGAAGGGGCUGGAGUGGAUUGGGAAUAUCUAUGGUGGUGGUGGUAGCACCAACUACAACCCCUCCCUCAAGAGUCGAGUCACCAUUUCAAAAGACGCGUCCAAGAACCAGUUCUCCCUGAAGCUGAGCUCUGUGACCGCCGCGGACACGGCCGUGUAUUACUGUGCGAGAGUAAUGAAGCCCCUGGGGCUUUGUCACAAAAGUUGUCUUUUAUCUUUCAUUACCCCUAACUAA